AUGGCCUUCAAUGGCUAUUUCUUUCUUCCCCUCAUUGCUCUUGUUCUUGUAAGAUGUUCCAAAGUUACAUGCGAAGAAGCAGAUUCAGUUUCACCUAUUAUUGACAUUUCUCUAAAUCGGAACAGUUUCCCUGAAGGGUUCAUCUUUGGGGCAGGAUCUUCUUCCUACCAGUUCGAAGGAGCAGCAAGAGAAGGUGGUAGAGGACCAAGUGUGUGGGAUACUUUCACCCAUAAAUAUCCAGAUAAGAUUCAAGAUAGAAGUAACGGGGACGUUGCCAUUGACUCAUAUCACCACUACAAGAAAGAUGUAGGGAUGAUGAAGGAUAUGAAUUUGGAUUCAUAUAGAUUUUCCAUAUCUUGGUCAAGGAUUUUACCAAAAGGGAAGCUGAGUGGAGGAAUAAAUCAAGAAGGAAUCAACUAUUACAACAACCUUAUCAAUGAGCUAGUGGCCAAUGGUAUAAAACCAUUUGCGACUCUUUUCCAUUGGGAUCUUCCCCAAGCACUAGAAGAUGAGUAUGGUGGCUUUUUAAGUCCACUCAUAGUGAAGGAUUUUGGAGAUUAUGCAGAACUUUGCUUUAAGGAAUUUGGUGAUAGGGUGAAAUAUUGGGUUACAUUGAAUGAACCAUGGAGUUAUAGUCAAAAUGGCUAUGCAAAUGGACAAAUGGCACCUGGUCGUUGUUCUACUUGGAUGAAUUCAAAUUGCACUGGAGGUGAUUCUGCAACAGAGCCAUAUUUGGUUACUCAUCACCAACUUCUUGCUCAUGCAGCAGCUGUUGGUGUCUACAAGACCAAGUAUCAGGCAUCUCAGAAAGGUGUGAUAGGCAUAACCUUGGUAGCUAAUUGGUUCUUGCCACUCAGAGACAGUAAACUUGACCAAAAGGCUACUGAAAGAGCAAUUGACUUCAUGUAUGGAUGGUUUAUGGAUCCAUUAACAUUCGGGGAUUAUCCAAAAAUCAUGCGAUCCCUUGUGGGAGCAAGAUUGCCAAAGUUUACUGCUCAGCAAGCCAAACUACUUGUUGGUUCAUUCGAUUUCAUUGGUCUGAAUUAUUACUCUACAACAUAUGCCUCUGAUGCACCUCAGCUAAGCAAUGCCAGACCUAGCUACUUGACGGAUUCUCUUGUCAUUCCUGCAUAUGAACGUGAUGGGAAACCUAUUGGAAUAAAGAUUGCUUCAGAUUGGUUGUAUGUUUAUCCAAGAGGAAUUCGUGACCUUUUAUUAUAUACCAAGGAAAAGUACAACAAUCCUUUGAUCUACAUCACUGAGAAUGGAAUAAAUGAGUAUGAUGAUCCAACCCUAUCGCUUGAAGAAUCUCUGAUGGAUACCUUUAGAAUUGAUUAUCAUUAUCGUCAUCUGUUUUAUCUUAAAUCUGCAAUUAGGAAUGGCGCAAAUGUAAAAGGAUAUUAUGUGUGGUCUUUGUUCGACAAUUUUGAGUGGUCUUCAGGCUAUACAUCACGAUUUGGAAUGAUAUUCGUGGAUUACAAGAAUAGUUUGGAGAGAUACCAAAAAGUUUCUGCUCUAUGGUUCAAGAAUUUUCUCAAAAGGGAAACUAGACUUUAUGGCUCUAGUAAAUAA